CUCGCCCCCAAUCCCCCCGACCAACCCUUUGCGGCUCCACCCCUCUUGCUCGCGCGCGCCCCGAAUCCCAUCGCCCAAUCCUUCCACGCUCGCCGCCGGUCUGCAGCUGCAUCCCUCUUCCUCGCGCGCGCCCGGAGCAGCAUCAGCCAAUCCUUCCAACGAGAUUCGGAGCUCGCCGCCGCCGCCGUCCGCAGCGCCAUCCCUCUCGCUCGCGCGCUGCCCCUCCGUCGACGGCGAGGAAGAAGAUGACGAUGGCGAGGACGGCGAAGGAGAAGCAAGCCGGCGGAGCUGAAACAAUGGAAGUGAUCCUCGGCAGGUCAGCUGAGAUUCCGAGUAAGAUGGUAAAUGAUUGGGAACGAAUAGUCCUGGACUUCCCCAGCAGCGACGAAUCAACCAUUCAUCCAGGAAAUGACCUCCUCGUACAAGCCCUGCAGCAUUAUUUCGGUAACACAUAUUUGAUGCAGCCAGUACAUGACAUGGUUGGUUUCUGGGGAUCCAAGAUGGAGCAAGCUGCAGAAUUGAUACACGAAGGUGAAAAGGGUCGAAAAUACAUAUUUCUCCUGAAUAACACCUGUGUUGUUCGUCAAAUGGUGCGGCGUCCAGGAGCAUCCUUCCCCGAUGUAGAACCGCUGCUCACUUCAAUGAUCAAGCGGUACAGGAAGUGCUACCUGGACGAGUGUUGGGCUCCGCUCAAGUGUUUAAGCUCGGAGGAGUUUACCGCCGAAUUUCUUGCCACCUGUAAUCGCCAGAUGAAGUGGAAGGUUAGAGCCGAGCUCAAGUACAAACUGCGGCAGGAGAUUGCGGAAUUGAUCGUUCCACCGUGCGACGGAAGCCGUGUGAUAGAAGGAUUGUUUGAAGGAUGAACAGCUAAGCGAAUUGGGAGGAGCCGAGGAGGACACUGGGCUUGUACUCCCUCCGGUCCUUUUUACUCUGCAUAUUAGAGUAAAAAGGACCGGAGGGAGUACACGGCCAUUGCACUCGUGGGUGGAGGAGGAGGAAACGCUAAUCCUAACUGUAAUUUUAUUUUAAAAAGAAAAAAAACUGUAACUUUUUGUAUUUGGUACAGUAGCUUCCUGCCAUAUCCUGUUUUCUUUUAUGCGGGUGGCUGCCAUAUCUUGCUAGUUGCACCUGUGCCCGUAUAUUUUUCUCUCUUGUAUAGGGUUGAUUUUAUAGCACCUGUGAAUCUGUGAUAGAAGUAUAGGUACAUAGAAAACUGACAGUUUUGUUUCUGUUCUCGUGUAUGGCUCAUCUGACAAGUCGAGAUAUGAAAGAAAAUGACUACACAUAUCAUUUUUAUUCA